AUGGGUGUUGUGGGGCCAGACUGGGUGUAUGAUGGGUGCUGUAGUGCCAGGCUCGGUGUUGGGGUUAUGAUGAGUGUUGUGGUGCCAGGAGGACCCCAAAUCUGCACCACUGGGGACCCGAAAUCUGUACCACUGAGGACCUCAAACCUGCACCACAGAGGACCCCACAUCUGCACCACAGAGGGCCCCAAAUCUGUACCACAGGGGACCCAAAAUCUGCACCACAGGGGGACCCCAAAUCUGUACCACAGAGGACCCCAAAUCUGCACCACAGAGGACCCCAAAUCUGCACCACAGGGGGACCCCAAAUCUGCACCACAGAGGACCCCACAUCUGCACCACAGAGGGCCCCAAAUCUGUACCACAGAGGACCCAAAAUCUGCACCACAGAGGGCCCCAAAUCUGUACCACAGAGGACCCCAAAUCUGCACCACAGAGGACCCCACAUCUGCACCACAGAGGGCCCCAAAUCUGUACCACAGGGGACCCAAAAUCUGUACCACAGGGGACCCCAAAUCUGCACCACAGAGGACCCAAAAUCUGCACCACAGGGGGACCCCAAAUCUGUACCACAGGGGGACCCAAAAUCUGCACCACAGGGGGACCCCAAAUCUGUACCACAGGGGACCCAAAAUCUGCACCACAGAGGGCCCCAAAUCUGUACCACAGGGGACCCAAAAUCUGUACCACAGGGGACCCCAAAUCUGCACCACAGAGGACCCCAAAUCUGCACCACAGAGGACCCCAAAUCUGUACCACAGGGGACCCCACAUCUGUACCACAGAGGACCCCAAAUCUGUACCACUGAGGACCCCAAAUCUGCACCACAGAGGACCCCAAAUCUGCACCACAGAGGACCCCAAAUCUGUACCACAGGGGACCCCAAAUCUGCACCACAGAGGACCCCAAAUCUGCACCACAGAGGACCCCAAAUCUGUACCACUGAGGACCCCAAAUCUGCACCACAGAGGACCCCAAAUCUGCACCACAGAGGACCCCAAAUCUGCACCACAUGGGACCUCAGAUCGGUACCUGCUCCACAAAGGAUGGGUUGGGAUGUAUACAAUGCACAGUACAGAGCUCCAUGACCUUUUAGCAGAUGGUCCAACCCCUGAAGAAGCCGAGUGUGGGCGAAACAUGUUGGGAUUCACCACUGUAACACCGCUAUGGACCGAAGAACUGUAGGCUAUGGGUGUCAUGAAUGCACUUGAUUUUAUAUGGAUAUAUUAUUGUUUUGACCACAAUUGUUAUGUUACACCUUUAAUGUCCCAAGGAACUCCCUUUUUUCUAUUUCAACCAUUAGAUGUAGCGGCUGCAUUUGUUUCUUAG